AUGUCAAAAUCUCAAACUUCUCCCCAAAUUCCUCCCAAGUAUUUACAAGAGGAUGAAAUCAGUGAUGAGUGUAAGAAAUUGCUCUUAACUCUACCAAAAGAAAGAGGAUGGCUUGCAUCACAUAUGUAUAAUUACCAAGGUUUUUGGGUAACACCAAGAGUCAUUCAAGGUGUGAUUUCUUGUCAACAUCAAUUUCAGGCUCAAGAUAGUGAUAUUAUCCUUGUUACAACUCCUAAAUCAGGAACGACUUGGUUAAAAUCUCUUUUAUUUGUUUUAGUGAAUCGAAUGAAAUAUCCUGUUUUUGAACAAAAUCAUCCUUUACUUGUUAAGAACCCUCAUGAUCUUAUUCCAUUCUUGGAAAUUAGAUUCUAUGGUUAUGGUCUUGUCCCUAAUUUUGCAUCCUUCACUUCACCUAGACUCUUGUCAACUCAUAUGCCCUAUGCUUCAUUGCCAAAAUCUAUCCAGGAUUCAAAAACCAAACUUGUUUACUUGUGUAGGAAUCCUAAGGACACUUUUAUUUCUCUGUGGCAUUUUACAAACAAUUUAAGACUUCAUCACAAAGAUAUACAUCCCAUUGAAGAAAAAUUUGAAUCUUUUUGUAAGGGGGUGAGCCUUUAUGGUCCGUUUUGGAAUCACGUAUUGGAUUAUUGGAAACAAAGUAUAGAAAAGCCUAACAAAGUACUUUUCUUGAUGUAUGAAGAAAUUAAAGUGCAGCCCAAACUUCAGCUUAAACGCUUGGCUGAAUUUUUGGAAUGUCCAUUUUCCAUAGAGGAAGAAAAUUGUGGAGUGAUGGAUGAAAUAUUAAGAAUGUGUAGCUUUGAGAAUUUGAGCAACUUGGAGGUGAAUGCAAAUGGGAAAUUCUCAACUGGAGAAGAAAAUAAAGCGUUCUUUCGUAAAGGAGAAGUUGGAGAUUGGAAGAAUUAUUUUACCAUAGAAAUGAGUGAGAAACUCAAUCAUAUUAUUGAACAAAAAUUCCAAGGAUCUGGAAUAAAGUUUUCAUACAUCUAAUUAGGCAUUAAGAUUCUAUGUCAAUUGAAUGCAAUUAUUUGUUUUAAAAGUCAAUGUUGAAUUAAAGUAGUUGUAUUUGAGAUUAAUAAUGUAAUAAGAACAUACUACAAGAGUUUUAUUGUAGUACUGAUACAAUUAUGUUCACAACUUAAAUUGUUGAAAAAAUAUGUAUAAAAUCAUAUAUCUUUAUUUGGUC